AAACACGUGUUUAGUAGAAUUUUACAAGUAAAAAUGGGAAAACAGAAGAAAAAUCGCCAAGGAGCAGACAAAACGUUCCAGAAAAAGAAAGUCAAAGUGGGCAAAAAAUUACCGAAAUCCACGAAUACGACAAAUACUAGUUUUAAAACAAGAACGAUACAAAUUAUUCAGCAGUUGAAAAAAGAUGAAGGCGAAGCGACGACCAAACGAAAAGUCAACAUCAAAGAAUUGCUAUCACAAUGCCAACAUUAUAACGUUACAGUCCGUUUAGGUGCUGCUAAGGGAUUGAAAGAACUUUUAUUAAUCAGCGAAGAAACUGUCAUUGCUUAUUUAGGAUUGAUAGUUGACAGAGCAGGGUCUUUGAUGACGGAUAAAGAUUGUCAUGUCCGUGAAGCCGUACUCAAAUUAUUUCAAGCCCUAUUUGAAAAAGUGCCUGCUAACUGCAUGUCUCCUUUCUUCCCGGUUCUAUGCGCUCAUUUAUGCUGUGCCAUGACACAUAUAAAUGGAGAAAUUCAACAAGAUUCGCUAUCGAUGUUUGACCUGCUUCUCGAUACCUAUCCGCAAUUGGUUGUCGCAGGAUCUAAUCAGUUGAUGUCAAAUUUCGUGGAACAGAUUUCCAAAAAGAAAUUCAAAAAUGUUAAAGGAGAUAGCCUUAAGUCAAAUGAUCUUAAAUUCACACUCUCUGUUACUCCUGACAGCAGACUCUCAUCACAAAAAUGGCAAGCAAAGGUUUUAACCCGAUUAUACAAACUUCUUUCAAUAGUUUUAAAACCCGAGAAUUUGAAGUCCGAUGAGAGAAAUAAAUUAGAGCAUGAUUUUACGUCAGGUUCCAGAUUUUCCGUACCGUUUCAAAGUUACGUAAAAGAUCAGUGGUCAACGCCAGGAUUUUUCAUCAAAACUGCUUCGACUGCUUCCAACUCAUCUGGAAUUCUUGACGAUGCGUCAAGUGUUAAACAACUGGUCUUCAACCUUUUCCCUUUAUUGUUGCAGUGCUGGGUAGAGGCACAUGACCCGGAGAAGACCGAAGGAAGUCUCUUAUAUCCAGAUGCUAUCUCGGUACGAACCACCGUCCUGCAAAUCAUCCUUCUGUUGAUUGAGUAUGGUGCCAGAAACGCAGACAGUCUGGACGUACCCUGGAAAAAAUGGCUAACAGAGCAAUAUGGAGCAUCAUUUGAAAAUUAUUUCAUAGCUUGCUUCCCGUACGAGGUGCUUCAAAACAAGAAACUACUGAAGAAACAAAAACAGACGCAGAACACGGUAUCUCCAGAGACGCUCAACCUGGCAGUAAUCAGCGUAAUGAUAAAAUUUAUUAAAUGCCCGAUAGAAUUUUUACUUCAGCAGUCGUGGGUUCAAACUAUUUUAAAAUAUGUCCGAGGAGCAUUAAAAUCUCCCAGUUUAUCGCUUCCUGUCAAGAGACAUUUAUUACAAGUUUUAAAUGAACUGAUUUACGCUGUUAGACUUAAUGAACAAGAAGCGUUACUCAAUGACAGUUUCGUAAGGUUUGAGAACGUGCACGCCUUGUCGCAGGAGAAACGGAUGUACAUCAAUUUCUUUUCUUCCGUCAUAUUCUCACAAAGCGAACGCAGUAAACUCUCCACUCCGCUUAUACAUUUCUUAGAAUCUUUACCGGAACUUCUUUUGAGAAUUGGUUCAGCUAAUACAGAUAUUUCUACGCUGGUAGUCUCUGUUAUCAAGGAGGCCAUAUCAUCUAAUUGUACGCCAGUGAUAAAAAAAUGGCAAGAUCACAUUAACGAUAUAUUUAACGUAGAAAAUGGUGUAUUUAUUAACAGUAGCUCUUCCGUUAAGAAAUCUUUGAUUGAGAUAUUCUAUUGGCUGCACGAUAUAAGUCCUACUAAUCUCUGCGUGUUAGCAAAUUUGAUUGAAAAUGACGGAUUAGAGGUGAAACAGGGACUAUAUUUAAUACAAGUUCUUCAUCAACGCUAUCUCAGUAAAGUUAGAGAGGGGGUGAUCGUUGAUAAGAUGGCUGAUCAUUUAGGUUUUCUGCUUCUUGUCAUGUCAGGUUCAGAUUCUUGCAACAACAAUUCAUUCAUGGAUACAGGUCAGGAGCAGAUAAUUCCCAUAGACUGGUCAAAGGGAGAUAAUUUUGAAAAACAGUUAAAAUUAAACAAUCUUAUAUGCAGAGUCAUUGCUACAGAUCUGAAUUCAGAUCAAUCAUUGGUUAAAGACAUAAUGUGGAGCCAUCUUGAAAAAAAGAUCGAAAAUGGUGAUCAAGUGAGCGUACAAAUCGUGCUAAGUUUUAUGACAAUUUUGGAACAUUUCUAUGACGAUGAAUAUUUUGCCGAUGUCUCAAUUAACCUGUUAAUUAGUUUGGCGUCAGAUUUGACAGCCAUCAGAAAUGGAUCAUUUGGUAUCACCGUGCAUGUAGAUUUAGCAAAUAAUUUAUUUAAAAUGUUAGAAAAGAUUUUGUGUGGACAAUUAAUAGAGAAAUUUGUAGAAAGAACGAUCAGCCGAAUUCUAGUGUCAGAGCCAAAAAAUGAGAAUUCUGUCUCUUUAGUUCAAAUGUUGGCCCAUGUAACACAUCAGAAUUCUGUUCAAGUUUACAUUCUUGAGAAUGAGUCUUCCAGGCGGCAACUGUUCGUAGAUCACUUCCAAAAAUUAGUGAAAUGUGUAGAGGAAAGAUUUCCGGUGAGCACCUCAGAACCAUGGUGGGCCCAAUUCCUAUAUUUCUUAGAACUGUUAAAGUAAUCUAUUCUUUGACUUGGCAUAGUUUAGUUUUUAUGAGGAUGGGCAAAUUUAAUAUCACCAAUACCAAUGUACUGAAAUUUCCUAAUGUAAGAAUUUGAAAACCAGGCCUGAAAAUAAUGACAAGAAACAUGACUAAAUGUCAGGCACUAAUGAACUUGUAUCUGACAUUUUGAAAUUAGUUAAAAAGAUUUUCAGUGAGCACUUUAGAACUGUUGUGGGCCCAAUUCUGAUAUAUCUUAGAAGUGUUAAAGUAAUCUAAUCUUUGACUUGGCAUAGAUUAGUUUUGAAAUUUUUGAAAUUAGUAAAAAUUUUGAAAUUUAUGAAAUUUAUGUUGGACAUGUACAUGUAUUAAAAAAGUGAAAACACCGUAAAAAGACAGAUCUGCACGAGACAAAAAGACAGGCACCAGAUGGAUUGUCUGUGACUGGUGCGUGUACACACUGUACCUAUAUUUCCAGGCUUGUUCAAAAUACAACCUUGAUUCUUUUUCAGUGUAAAAUUAUGUGAUAAUUUUGUAUAAUUAAGAAAAAAACUCAGAAAACAUUGAUUAUAAUAAAGUGCUAUGAUAUUUU